AUGGUGACGAUUCAAUCCCAUUCGAACUACUACCUAACUGAUUACCAAUGUGUGAAAACAGGAGACAGUGGGACCGGUAUCAAAACGUGCGUCUUUGUUGAAAGAGGUGUGCAAAUCUCAGACGAUCUGAAUUUGCCGAAAUAUAGAAAAUAUCGGGCUCAAUCCAUCCAAUAUUGCCAACAAAUGUGCUCGCUGAGCAGCUUGGAAAAAUGCACAUCAUUUGCCUACGACCCAACGAUUUCCUUCUACGAUGGCUACAAUUGCUUGAACUUCCAUCGAUCACUUUCGCUGACCGAGCUACCGCGUGGCUCAUUCUCCCUCUACGAAAACCCAUGCCUACUCACGACU